UAUUCAUUAACAAGAGAGGAACAUGGAUCACAAAGAACUUCCAGCGACCGUGAGAGAAGACUACAUAAGUGAAGAAACAAAGAAACUGAUCUCUUCACUUCCUGUGAACAAAGAUUCUCAAGGCAACCUCUGCAAGUACCAAGGAUGUUGGUAUUACUACAACACUCUCCAAGGAGCCAUCAACUUCCAGAAUCAUUUCCAGCCACAGGACACCGAUGUAAUCCUAGCUUCUUUCCCAAAGUCCGGCACAACUUGGCUCAAGGCACUCACUGUCGCACUCUUGGAGAGAUCUAAACAUCAUGAUGAUCAUCCUCUCAACCAUCCAUUGCUAUCCGACAAUCCUCAUGCCAUAGUGCCAUUCCUUGAGACCAAGCUGUAUCUCCGAACCUCAACACCCGACCUAACCAAGUACUCAUCAUCACCAUCAUCGUCCGCGAGGGUGUUUGCGACUCACAUGCCUUUGCACACCGUGAAAGAGGGCCUCAGGGGCUCUCCUUGCAAGAUUGUGUACAUGUGCAGGAACGCAAAGGACGUGUUGAUAUCCCUGUGGUAUUUCAAGUGCAAGUAUCAGAAACUCGAAGUGACUAGAAGCGUUCUCGAGUCCACGUUCGAGUCUUUCUGCGGAGGAGGCAACUUCUACGGUCCCUUUUGGGACCAUGUCCUUAGCUACUGGAGAGGCAGCUUGGAAGAUGAUCCGAGUCGUGUCCUUUUCAUGAAGUACGAGGAGAUGAAAGAAGAGCCUUGUGUUCAGCUCAAGAGACUUGCGGAGUUCUUAGGUGUUCCUUUCACUGAGGAAGAAGAAGAGAGCGGAUGUGUGGAAAAGAUCUUGGAGCUCUGUUCUCUGCGUAGCCUUAGCGACUUGGCGAUCAACAAGAUUGGAAAAACGUCUAGUGGCCCGGACUACAAGCUCUGUUUCAGGAAAGGAGAAGUUGGGGACUCAAAGAACUAUCUAACUCCUGAGAUGGAGAUGAGAAUCGACAUGAUCAUUGAGGAGAAUCUGAAAGGUUCAGGUCUGAGUUUCUAGACUUACUGUUACUCCCUCCAUUUCGUUUUACUGAUCAUUGUAGAAUAAAAUUUUCGUUUCGAAAUAAAUGUGUUGUUAUAU